AACCAAAAUUUUGAACAAAAAAAAAAGAAUUAAGUAAUUUUUCUAUUAUGUCUUACUUUUGUCGUUAAUUGCUUUGAAUUUCUUUGGAAUUUUCCCCAAAACCAGAUAAAAAAAAAUAACAACAAAAAUAAUACAGUGAAGGCACUUUUGUCUCUCGUCUAGCAUCCACGCGAGCAGAUGUCAGCAAAAGACAAAAAUAAAAUACAAAAAAAAGAAAAAAAAUGACGACUAUAUUUCCACAAGGUCGUCGAGUUAUAACACCUAAAUAAAAAUUUUAACAACAACAACUUUUUUUUUACCUUCUCUCAUGCAUUUUUUUUCAAUGGUGUUUGAAUUUCAAAACAACAAAUUUGUAAAGAAAUUAUAAAAAAAAACACCUUUGCGCUCACAAAGAAGUUUAACUUAAAAAAAAAAAACGAGACGAACACAAAAAAGUCUCCACGUUCUUCUUUCAAAUGAAAUUCCAAAAAACACUCGAAAGAAAAAAAUAAAAUUAAUUAAAAAGGAGAUUAAUCCUUUUCAAAACGAAAAAAGACACCCAAGAAGAAGAAGAAAACAAAAAAAAAAAAAAAUUAAAAGCUUGUGAUGAAAAGAAAAAAUAUAUUUUUUACAACAUUGAAUACAAUUUAUUGGAAUAUUUUUAUAUUUUUCGAGACUUGCCUUAAUUUGAUUAUUCGCAAUUUUAUUUAUCCAAUUUUGUCGUCAAUAAACUACGACAUGGAUUGGAAUAAUCGUUUACAACAAAAUAAUCAAGAUCAAAAUGAUUUGUCUGAAGACUCGUCGACAAGUGGCGACAGUAGUUCGAGCAGUAGCACAAAUAACAGCAGUGACGAUGACAUGGACACGAUGAUGAUGUUAGAUCGAGAUGAAUACGUUUUUAAAGCGUACGAUUUAGUUAAGAUCAAUUAUAAAUUGCAAAAGUCUGAAGAAUUUCCCGUGUCACGGAGUGGUCAUCGGAUAAUUGCGUCAGAUGGUCAUUUGUAUUCGUUGGGUGGAUAUAAUCCGAGAUCGGCUAGAGCAGCGGCUAGACAUGGUAGAUGUUUGUUGUUUCAGGAGCUGUGGUCGUAUAAUUUUGCAACGAAAAAGUGGAAUUUGCUGAUGGACAGUCAGACGAGGAAUAUGCCACAGGAAUUGGCAUCGAAUGCGCUGGCGAUACAUAAUAAUCUUUUGAUUUCACAUGGCGGCACUGGAUAUCCUUUCGGUGAAUGCUGUUCAAAUGAUUGCCAUAUCUUUGUAACCGGCCAACAUCGACGUGUUUUUCGUCUAACCGUCGAAGGUGAUCUGCCCACAGCUCAAUACGGUCCUGGUAUAGUCAUUCACGAUGAUUACCUCUACACAAUUGGUGGCACAACAGGUUUUGAUUAUUCCUGUGAUGUCUAUCGUCUAAAUCUGAAAACCAAAGUCUGGGAAAAUGUUUACAUUUGUCGACCCGAAAUGCGUGAUGACCCGGAAGGUAGAUAUCGCCACGAAGUAGUCUACGAUGGCAAUCACAUAUUCAUCCUCGGAGGUGGUACAUCAAUGACAGUCUACGAUCUACAAACAAUACCCGCAUUCAAUUUGAAAUCAAAUACCUGGGAUUAUUUCGAAACCAAACCAGACCCAACAAUUCGCGCAGGAAUGCCAAAGCCACGCAAGUGCUUUUCAUGUGUACAGCUAGACACACCAAACGGUGUGGAGGCAUACAUCACGGGGGGACUACAAAGUGAUUUUCAAACUUAUUUUGCUGAUGUUUGGAAAAUUAAUUUCCGAACUAUGCAAUGGACUUUGAUAAAAACAGCUGUGCUACCGCGUCCAUUGUAUUUCCAUUCGGCUACAACACCUGGCAAUGGAUGCAUGUAUAUAUUCGGUGGCAUUGAAUAUAAUAAAACAGCGAUGCGACGUCGUAACGAUCUCUAUAAAAUGUGGAUGACAAUACCAAAACUUAGCGAAAUGUGUUGGGAUGCAAUAACCUUUUAUAAUCCCAAUCUAGAUAAAUACAAACGGAAUUAUUUACUAAAAAUCGGCAUACCCGAACGGUUUGUGGAUCGCGUUAUCGAACCAAAGUCUUCCACAAUAAAUAGUAACAGUUCGGCUAGUCCCUCCUUAUCGAAACGUAAUCUCUCGUUAACGGAGUGAGAUUUUCAUCAAUUCUGUUAAUAAUAAAAAAAAUUCUUUAUAGUUGAA